AUGACCUCUACAGAUGAGAUUUUCGAUAUAGUUAUUGUUGGAUGUGGUCCUGCUGGAAUAGCAGCAGCAAUCGAUUUGCAAGCAGUUUCACAAUUAAAAUUUAUUGUAUUCAAAGCUCGUAAUCGUGCUGGUGGUCGCGUUAGUACUGAUACAACUACAUUUGGUAUAAAUACACCUAUUGAUUUAGGUGCACAAUGGUUACAUCAUUAUCGACCUGAAAAUCCUUUCCCAUAA